AUCUGAUUGGCUAAAUUUUAUUCGACGUCAUCAGCGUCAUCUUGUUGACGUUAUCCGCUGGUAUGGGUCGGGUCAGCGAUCAUUCGGGGGUCUAUAAAUACCGACAGUAACCCAAGAGUAAACCAUAACCUUACUACUACAACCAAGAACGGACAGCACGGAACCUGCCGCUUUUAACAGCAAAAUGACCUCCUUCAUAUCUGCUUAUAUCUUUGUCUCCCUUGCCAUUGCUGCCGUUCAGUGCCAGCAAUUUGAACCAGAACGAACGUGUCCCGAGUUUAGGUCUCGUUACGAAGGCGAGAAUCUCGUCAUAUCUCUUGACGAUGAGUGUGACAUGGUCGUUGGUACACUUGAUAUUACCGGGCUGAGUGGUUUGGUUGCGGGAGUGCCAAACACCGGAAGUGGACUAUUCACACCUGUCAGAGGAUUCCACAUCCCGACCGUGACAUAUAGAAGGCCCCAAAACUUGAUGAACACGAUCCGCCAACAAGCGCCCAGUCGCAUGUGUCCUCCAUACACUGUUCGGUACCUUGGACCCCGUGUCGUUUUAGAUACGGUCCCCAACACUUGCCAAAAGGUGUUAGGAGUGAGGACUUUCCAGUCCAUGAUAUCAGGAGAGGGAUCUCAGGGACGUCUAGGCAUGAGAAUGGUUACCAGAGCGGUGUUUGAAAACCCCACACGAUGGGUGUAAAUAGUCAAACGGAGGGAUGGUACAUACCACGGACAGAUGGACAGACAUGGUUUCUGGUAAACAGCAGCAAGAAGAUUAUUCAUCAUGAAAACGAGAAAUCCUUUGUGUGAAAUCCAUUGUAGAAUUUCAUUUCUUAUUUUUAAUAAAUGUUUAUUAUCAUUGC